AUGGCACUUAAAUAUGCAGGAUCCGAUGAUAAAAAGGCAUUUAAAUGCUUACUUUCUUAUCUUGAUUUAUUUAUGGGAUUGGAAAGUACAAGAAGAGCAUCAACAUUCGAUGAAAAUAUCACAAUAUCAGCCAUCAAAUCUUGCUUGAAUGUUUUAUCUACGAGUGUUUCAAUAGUUGCUGCGAGUGGCGGAAAUCUAGAAGUUUUACGAAGAAUACGUAAAAUCCAUCAACAAGAAGUUGAUACUAGCAGCUCAAGAAGCUUUACACUUUCGACGUCUAACAAAGCGAUAGCAGGUUUAGUUUGUGCAUUAUUUCCAAGAUAUCCGAUUGAAUCGUAUGGUAAUAGGGCACAUUUUCAAGCUAUUAGACACUUGUGGGUAUUGGCAGUUGAACCAAGAUGUUUGGUUUUAAGAGAUAUUGAGACCAAAGAAGCUUGUCAUAUUCCAUCUAAGAUAUUGGCCUAUGCGAUUAGAAUUCGUGAAAUUUUAGAAUUUGAUCGUAAAUUUUGGAAAGAAAAAUUGGAUCCUCAAGGUCUACGUGAUUUACUUACACGCAUUUUUCCAGAUGGCAAGAUUUUGGUAGUACAAGCAUUUACUCAAUACCUUUACGAAGAUUUUAAUGCUAAUGUUGAUGAACAAGCAUUAUCAGCAUUUUGCGAUUCAAAUUUAUCAAAACUUUAUCAAAUUCAACAAGACAUGGAAGGAAUUAAUGAAAUAGAUUUAUGGAAUGUUAUGUUUAUAAUGAAGCGAUAUUUCGAAAUUCCUUUCGAUGUUUUUGUAUCUUUCCUUGUUGAACAUUCAUCGUUGUCAAGUACAGCCAACAUGGAAAUACUAGUCAAGCACAAAGAUAUUUUUCAUUCUUAUUUUACUGAUACUAAAUUUCUAUUUACUGAACAACUCGGAGGAGAGGAGAGUAAAAAAAGAUUAUUGCAAUAUUUAGCGAAAUGGUGA